UAGGCAACUCGCAAAGGGCCGAAAGUAUGCAGGCAAAAAGGCUUCCCCGGUAACAGGGAAGCUGAUGCCUUUCCUUAGGAAACUCAAGGACCCCACGUGUGCGUGCAGCGCAUUAACGGUCAACAGCGGAAACUAGGACUCGGCCCCAAACUAUAAGAGCUGCGGCCGUCAGCGCGCGCUCCCGGGAAAGGACGUGGCGCCCCCGUCGAUCGCCGGUUUCGGGAGACGCGCGCCGGGUCCUCAGGUGGUCGGUGUCCGCCCUCCGCGGGCCGCAGCCACAGUGCGGACUUGACCCUGCAAGGGAAAGGGGACGCCGCCCGUCCCUGCAGGACUCGUGGAGCCGCUGUACAAAGAACCCGGAGACGUCGGCACCACGAGCAGGCAGGCAUAUCCCCGAACAGCCGCGUGCUCUAGGACCCCGGCGGCGGCGCGGCGCGGCGCGGCGGGAAGGGGGAAGUUUCAAAGCCGGGAGGUGGCAGCUGGUUGCUGGAGCUACAGCGAGAUGAAGUUGCACUGCGAGGUGGAGGUGGUCAGUCGGCACUUGCCGGCCUUGGGGCUGAGGAACAGGGGCAAGGGCGUCCGGGCGGUGUUGAGCCUCUGUCAGCAGGCGCCCAGGACUGAGCCGCGGCCCCGAGCUGGGGGCGAGCGGGGCGGCCGGCACCACGCCUGCCUGUUCAUUUCCACUCUGAAGGACAAGCUCGGGACCCGCUAUGAGCAGCUAAAGGAGAACAUUGAGCAGUUCUUCACCAAAUUCGUGGAUGAGGGGAAAGCCACUGUUCGGUUAAAGGAGCCUCCCGUGGAUAUCUGUCUAAGUAAGGCCAAUUCCAGCAGUCUAAAGGGUUUCCUUUCAGCUGUGAGACUGGCUCACAGAGGCUGUGAUGUUGAGGCACCACUUUUAACCUUCACACCAUUGAAGACUUCAGAAUUUGAAAAAUUUAAAACUAAGAUGGUUAUCACAUCCAAAAAGGACUAUCCUCUAAGCAAGAACUUCCCCUAUUCUCUGGAACAUCUUCAGACUUCUUAUUGUGGGCUUGCCCGGGUUGAUAUACGUAUGCUUUCCUUAAAAAACCUUAGAAAAUUAGACUUGAGUCACAACCAUAUAAAAAAGCUUCCAGCUACAAUUGGAGACCUCAUCCACCUUCAAGAACUUAACCUGAAUGAUAAUCACUUGGAGUCAUUUAGUGUAGCCUUGUGUCAGUCUACACUCCAGAAGUCACUUCGGAGUUUGGAUCUCAGCAAGAACAAAAUUAAGGCACUCCCUGUGCAGUUUUGCCAGCUCCAAGAACUUACAGAUUUAAAACUUGAUGAUAAUGAAUUGAUUCGACUUCCUUUCAAGAUGGGACAACUGACAAACCUGCGUUUUUUGUCAGCGGCUCGAAAUAAGCUUCCGUUUUUGCCUAGUGAAUUUAAAAAUUUAUCUCUUGAGUACUUGGAUCUUUUUGGAAAUAUUUUUGAACAACCAGAAGUCCUUCCAGUUAUAAAGCUGCAAAUGCCAUUAACUUUAUUGGAAUCUUCUGCGCGAACCGUACUAUAUAAUAGGAUUCCAUAUGGCUCUCAUAUCAUUCCUUUCCAUCUUUGCCAAGAUUUGGAUACUGCAAAAACGUGUGUUUGUGGAAGAUUCUGUCUAAGUUGUUUUAUUCAAGGAACUACUACCAUGAACCUACACUCUGUUGCUCACACUGUGGUCUUAGUAGAUAAUAUGGGUGGUACUGAAGCACCUGUUGUCUCUUACUUCUGUUCUCUAACCUGUUAUGUAAAUUCCUGUGAUAUGUUAAUGUAAUAAGUGAUACCACAAAAAGAAAUUUCAUUUAGUUACAGGCCAAUUUGGGACUCACUUAUUGUUUACAUGUCAAAUUGGAGAAAGGGAAGCUUUUCUUGGGUUUUGUAUACUUGCUUGAGGGGAAAAAUGCGUUAGUGUAACAUUUUCGAUCAUUUGGCUGUAAUAUCUUAAUUUCAUUAAAACCUAAUUUUAUUGUGGUGUUAACUUUUAUCAGCU